GAACCCCCACACACAAACACACGACAGGGCGGGUGAGGUGAAGCGAGUCGGUUCUGUUUUUAUAGUAUUUAUUGAAACAGAAUGUAGGAACGGCCAAAUACCAUGGAUAUGCUGUGAUUUAAACAAGUAUUUGAGUCCCACAAGUGACAUUAAAGUUCUGUAGCUGAAUUCGUCUACUAUGGAUGAAAAUCUUAAGUUGGAAGAUCAGUUACUUCACGGAGCAAGAAAUGGAACGAUUGACCAAGUGAGAGCGCUAAUCCAAAGGUGGAACGAUGGUGAAAUUUCUCUCAAUUUGAACUGCAAGGGAAGGUCAAAGGCAAAUCUUGGAUGGACUCCUUUGCAUUUAUGUAGCUAUUUUGGUCAUUUGGACGUGGCCAGUGUUCUUCUUGAAAAUGGUGCUGAUGUGAAUGUAAUGAAUGAUGUUGGCGAUACUCCACUUCACAGGGCAGCAUAUACUGGUCGUAUGGAGGUGGUUCUCGUCUUAAUACAGCAUGGCGCUGAUGUUGGUAUUGUAAAUGGUGAAGGUCUGACAGCCAAACAGGUUGCCUAUGGAGAAGACAUUGCCAACAUGUUAGAAGCUGCACAGCAGUCUUUCAAACUGAAGGCAGAGAAACAACUACUGGCAGCUGCAAGGGAGGGUGAUAUUGAAGGCCUCAAACAGCUUGUGUUGAGUAUUAAUCCACCCAACAUAAACUGUUCUGAUGCUAAUGGAAACACUCCCUUGCACUGCGCUAGUUACCGCGAUCACAAAGAAGCUGCCGUCUUAUUACUGCAGUGUGGUAUUGACUCCAAUAUGAAGAAUAGCCGUGGACAGACUGCCUUGGAUCUUGCGCAGACUGCUAAAAUGAAGCAGCUUCUUGAUGUUAAACCUGUUAAGACAAUACAGAAAAGUGUGGAUAUGUUUGAAGGCCAGUUGAUGAAGAAAGCAAAGUUUCUUGGUGGUUGGAAGUUUCACUGGGUCGUUGUUGACAAGGGAGUUAUAAGCUACUUUAAAAGGAGGGCUGAUGCGGUGUCAGGGGUGAAACGACAAGGAUAUAAGUAUUUAAAUCAAGCCAAGUUUAAGAUAUGUAAUGAUUCAACAAGCUUUGCAGUACAGUAUGCCGACCGCUCUACACACCUUUGGAGCGUGGUCCGUGAUGACCAGUCUUUCAUUUCACGUCAGAAAUGGUUGAACAUAUUGUAUGAACAUUGUGAAUACAGUAACCACUAUACCAAGUCAGAGCCAUUGGAUGAUGAGGACAUGGAAGACUUAAAACCAUUGGGUUGUAUACAAGAUGUACUACAGGUUGCCAAUGCGCAUCAGAAUUUAUUAGAGCAGCAAGUUGAAGGCCUGCAGAAGUUUUUGGACCAGCAGAAUAUAGCAGCUGCACAGCAGAAAUCACAUAGUUUAAAGAGUACCUCCAAGUAUCAAAGUAGCCUUCCUUUGGCAGCAGAGAUCAGACAGCUACUACAACAGCUGGUGUACAGCUCUAAGGAGAUGUACAGUUCAAUGACCCAUUGCCUUAAUAUCAUGACGCAACAAGAAGAGCUAAGAAAACUACAACUUGAACAAGAAACGGAGAAGUCACGAGUGCUAGAAGAUGCGCUGCAUGUGUUAGCGAAAGAACACCACACGCUUGAAGAGAAGCUUGCGAAACGAUUGUCGUCUAGCUCACCAUUAAUAUUUGACGGGUCAGACGAUGUGUUUUGCGACGCAGAGGAUUUAAGUUCAAGUGACGCUGACAGUUUUCACAGUAUGUCGGACCUAAUGGAUGGGAUGCCGGGAACUUUCAACCAGUUAACAAUUUCGGAAACAACGAAAGCAAUGGAAUCGCAACAAGAUAAUAAAGUGAAUGAAAUUAUAAAAACAAUUCCAUCGGAACCACAUAGGACAAAUCUUCCAAGCCCAAUGAUCAAACGAGACCAGUUCAGCCUCUGGACUGUAUUGAAGCAAUGCAUUGGUAAAGAACUCUCCAAAAUGACCAUGCCAGUUGUGUUCAACGAACCCCUUAGUUUUCUACAGCGUUUUAGUGAAUAUGUUGAGUAUGCUGAUUUAUUAGACAAAGCUGGAAAAUGUGAUGAUGUUGUAGACAGGAUGAAGUAUAUUGCAACAUUCAUCGUGUCAUCAGGUGCGUCUAACAUUGAGCGUGUCAGCAAACCUUUCAAUCCCCUUCUCGGAGAAACCUUUGAACUCACAUGGGAUAAUUACGGUUUACGACAAAUAUCCGAGCAAGUCAGUCACCACCCACCAAUCAGUGCAUUCCAUGCAUCAGCAAAUAACUUUGAAUUUCACGGUUCAGUGAAUCCCAAGUUGAAGUUCUGGGGAAAGAGUUUAGAGGUGACCCCUAAAGGUGUACUUACAGUUGACCUGCCCAGGUAUGAAGAAUCUUACACAUGGCACAGCAUAAGCAGUGCAGUACACAACCUGAUUGUUGGCAAGGUGUGGAUUGAGCAGUAUGGACACAUGGAAAUCAUCAACCAUAAAACAGGACACAGAUGUUUCUUGCACUUUAAGCCAGCAGGAUGGUUCAGCAAAGAUAUCCACAAAGUUGAAGGAUACAUUGUUGAUAAACAAAAAAAGAAGAUAUGCUAUUUGUUUGGUAAUUGGACAGAAUAUUUCUACAGUAUGGGAGCCGAUGAAUAUGAACAAGCUAAGAAGGCAGUAAGGGAGGAAAAAGGAAAACGCCGGCAUAGUAGAAGUAAUCCAGGGAGCCCUACCGCCGUAGAAAGGGGUCCAGGUGGUAUUGACAACCUUGAUUUUGGAAUCAACCCAGAAGGACCAGAAUUCAACUCGGCGACAUUAAUCUGGCGAGUAACCAAGCGGCCGGAAAACAGCUCACAGUAUUACAGCUUCACAAGCUUUGCAUUACAACUGAAUAAUCUAACACCAGAAAUAAAGAAGAUAGCUUGUCCAACAGAUGCACGGCUUCGACCUGAUAUCCGACAUCUGGAAAAUGGAGAUAUCGAUUCCGCCUCAGAUGAGAAACAUAGGCUAGAAGAGAAGCAGAGAGCUGCUCGUAAGUUAAGAAACAAACUGAAAGAAACGUGGCGCACACGAUGGUUCAGACUAGAUACUAAUUUGCAUACAGGUGAACCUGAUUGGGUCUACAAUGGAAAGUAUUGGGCCCGAGAUUACUCCGAUUGUCCGGAUGUAUUUUGAUGAUAAAUUGAAUAUUUGUGGGAAACAUCACAGUUAUUUUUUAAGGGAAGAUAUCAGCAAACAUUGUAUUUGGCUGGUAAAUAUCAAUGAAGAAACAUACUCAGUAAUAAUUGUGAUUUGUUAAAUAAAAACCAGCCUGAAGACUUCGCAGCAAUAGAUCAGGGACAGACUCGAAAGUUUUGAAGUAAGUAAUGUACUGUAAAAUGCAAAAAUGAAUAGUUUUUGGAUAUAAUCCCUUUGGUAAAAAGAUUGAAGCAUUUUACAAAGUCAAAAAUGUAUCAAUAAUAAUUAAAAUUAAUCACUACAAUUUUGAAAAUAAUAUAAAUAUACAUGUACAGUUUAAUAGUAUUAAAACAUAAACUAUUCUGGAUAAUUAUAAUUAUGUAAAUUAAAUUUUUUAGUAUUAAAAUUAUCAAAAUUAAUAUUAUUUUGAAUAACAUAUCAUUGAUUAUUAUUUAUUAUUAUUAUGAAUGUUUAUUAUUGGUUUUAUGUUGUUAUAAUAUAUCAAAGGCCAAAUAAAUGCAAUCUUCCAGCUUUUAAUUUAAAUAGCUUGUUAAUAUGUUAAGUGAUUUAUGAUUCUGAUGAUCCUAACAAUGAUCCAUGUUAAAAUAUACUAUUAUUUUUGUGUAAAUAUAUACCAGAAUGUAAAUUAAUCAUAUUAUAUUUAUAAUAACUAUGUUUGCCUUGUGCGAUCAUGAUGAAAAGAUUUGAUUUUACAAAAUGUACUUUUUUAGUUGUUAAAAUGUUCAUCAGACAGUGUGGAGCAGUGAUCAGGCUUUGCGCUGCCGGUCGAAGGUCAAAGUCUGAGGCUAGGUGCUUGUUAGUUUCCUUCACAUGGCAUCUGCAUUUUUUUGUCCCCACCCAGUUUUUGUCCACACUAUAAAAUUUUAUGCGACAAAGAUUCAUUCAUUGUUCUUUCAUUGUAUAUAAAAAAACCACCUUAUUUCAGUAAAAUUUAAACAUUUACUAAAUUUCAAGUAGAUUUACAGACAAAAUGAUCACUUAUAUUUACAAAUUAAUAUUACGAAAAAGUGAAAUUACAUAAAAACAAGUAACUGAUUUACCUAUAUUAUGAGCCCAGUUCUCACGAGAGCCCUAGUAUCCGGGAUUGGGAGCUAACCAUUAGCACCUGCGUGAGAACCCCCGAUCGGUUAGUGCUAACCAUUAGCGGUAUCCGGAUACUGCUAACGGUUAGCAAGCGCUAUCAGUCAGCAAGUUGAGCGCGUUUUUAUCAUCAACCAAUUACACAUACGCAUUUACAAUUUCUAGUUUCUUAUUGGCUAGUGAUUCGAUCAUGGGAUUUUCAUGUAUGGACGCACGGCAGCUAACGGUUAGUAUGAUCCGGAUCCUGCUAACCGUUGGCAGCCGUGUGAGAACAUAGCCUAGGUGUAAUAUGACUUAUGACCCAUAUAAGGGCACAUCUCACAACUUUUUGCAUGUAAAAUUUGAUAGUGUGGACAGGGCUUUAAGCUAUGUUCACAUCAGAACAUGAAAAAUGGGUUCAGUGGUAAAGAAUAGGACCUUUUACAUCAAAAUCAUACGAUUUCCAAUCCGGACUCCAGAUCCAGACCGAUGGAUCUAAGAGCCAAUUGUAUCGUGAAAUCAUCAUUUUCCCAUGGACCAAUUGGCAACAAGCUUGGUUGGUUCAAACCAAUCGAAUGCGUACGUACUUACCCCAAUAAUAGUGUUCCUUGCGCAAUGUGAAUGCAGGGUUAAAAAAACGUAGCAACUCACGAUUUUUUGUCCAGCCUCCGGAAUUGAUGUGAAUGUAGUUUAAGAUGGGUACCUGGUAAGAUGGUGGAAUGCUUCCUCAUGGAGUGAAAAAAGUUGGCACAUCAUUCCUUCAUGCUUGUCUAUAUACUGUAUAUCCAGGAAAUUGAAGUUAAAUGAAGGAAUGGUUAAUGUUAAUACACUUUUGUGUUGAUUCUAAUUAAAUAUAUUUCACUGGAAAAAUACACAAUGUGAUCCCAUCUAAACUUCAAAAUGUGUGCUCAAAAUGUUUUUUGUGAACAAAUAUAUUUUCCAAGACUUUUUUUUAGAUGUUUUCCUAUGAAUUUUUUAGAUGAUCAUUUCCAUAUGAAAUCCUACUGCAGCAUUAUUGUCUAAAUUGCAGAUGCUUUUUGUUAUAACUAUGUAUGUAAUAUCAAUGCAAAUCUAAUCAUGAUGUAGUUUGAAUGUCAUGUAUUUAUGUGAUAAUAUAAUACGAUGAAUUCAAUGAGAGGUCUACAGGUCUCAUUGACUUGGAUAUCAUCCAGUAUUUUAACAUUCUUGUAUACAUUAGUUAAGUGAACUUAACAGACCCCUAGACAAAUUUUACAAUUACUGUAUACUUAAAAUUGAUCUGUGUGUGUAGAGGUAUAGAUUUGGCACAAGUCUGUUUUAUCGGUUUACUUCAGUAAUGCACAACCAGCAGUUGACAAUGUACUAGUCUCGCUGAUGCUACUGUAGUGAAAGAGACUUGCGCUGUGACAAAUGAGUAAAUCAAAUAGCCUGAAUUUCAGGCUGUUAGAUGUAGUAUGCUACACAAACUAUUAAAAUGUGUUUCAACUAUUUUAA